UUUCGCCACGCAAGUAAUAACCUCAAAAUUCUAAGUGUCAUUACUGUCAAACUUAUGUAUAAAAAAAAAUAAUAUUUUCUUCAAGUGAUAUAUUAAUUUAUUUAUUCGCACAAAUGAGCGAAAAUGAGCAAUUCGAAGAUAGUUACUGAUAAUUUAAUAAAAUGGGACGAUUCGUCAAUUAAUGCCCUCGCGCCAUUGACGAUAAAUCAAAAAGAAUGGUUAGAAAAUUUAGAGGAACAAAUUUCAUUAUCUGAUUCUGUUAAUUUUAUUGAAUCAAAUGAAAAAAUAAAUUCAGAAUCAAAAAGUAAUAUUAAUGGUACUGUCGAGAGAAUUGAAACUUGUCAAGAAUUAUUACAAUGCUAUACAGAGUUGGAGAAAAAAUACAUUUUGGCAGAAGAUGCAAAAUACAUGACUUAUCUCGAACAAUUGAUGUGUCGUCGAGAGGAAUGUGAAAAUUUACAUUCACAAAUUGGAAAAUCGCUGGAUGAUUUUACAUCGCUCUCGAAACAAUACAGUUUGGUCUCGGGUAAAACAACAUCUCUCUAUGAUGCUAGUGAACAAUUAAUUGCCGAUCAGGAAACAUUAAAUACUUUAACGAAUAGUGUCGCUGAAUAUAUUAAAUAUUUCAAAGAAGUGGACAUUAUUAUGGAUAAAUUAGACGCACCAACACUCUCUGUUAAUAGUGAAGUAUUUUUCAAUCUAAUUGAAAAAAUCGACACUAAUAUGGAUUUUAUGCAAAAUAAUUCAACUUUCAAGGAGAGUGCAAUGUAUUUAAUGAAAUAUCGUCAUUGUCAAUCGAAGGCAAUUACAUUGAUGACAAAUUAUAUUUUUAAAUCGUUAACAAAUGCAACGGAAAGUAUUUUAAAUACAAAAAGUGGUGGUUUAGAGGAAAAUUCUGAUACAACAUUGGCAUUAUUUUAUGGUCGAUUUCAAUCGACAUUGCCAAAAGUCAAAUUAAUUAUUGAAAGAAUCGAAACAAUGUCAUAUAAACGACAAGAGUAUGAUACACUUUUGACUGAAUGUCAUCAGUACUAUUUAAGCCAAAGAGGAUUAGUUCUUGGACCAAGUGUUCAAAGGGCAUUACAAUCAGUCAAGGAUAAAUGUAAUGGUGAUCAUUGUAGUCUUGUACGACAUUCAUGUGCAUUACUUCUUCACGCUUCUAUUGAUGAACAUAGAUUAUUUUAUCAAUUUUUCACUAAAUUUUCACCAAGUCUCACCGCCUAUUUGGAAGGUCUUUGUACAUCACUUUACGAUACUUUAAGACCAUUUAUUAUUCACAUUAAUCAUUUAGAGACACUCGCUGAAAUUUGUUGUAUUCUCAGGAUAGAAAUGCUUGAUGAGCAUGUACAAAAUAAUUUCGAACCACUACAGGGAUUUGGAAAUAUUUGCCUUCAAUUAUUACAUGACGUACAAGAACGUUUAGUCUUCCGUGCACAUUUAUAUUUACAAACAGAUGUUGUUGGUUAUAAACCAUCGCCUGGCGAUUUAUCAUAUCCAGAAAAAUUGAAAAUGAUGGAAGAAAUAGCUCAAUCAAUUCGCGAAGAAACUAGACAAAUUAAAUUAAAAAGAAUAUCAGUUUCUUCAAUGGACAGUAAUAUUUCGGAGCAAAUAUCAAGAACACAUUUGACAAUGGAUCCAAUUUAUCAGCGAACUAAUAUGGGUAAUUCGCCGGCUGAUCUUCAUGGAAUGUGGUAUCCAACUGUGAGAAGAACACUUGUUUGUUUAUCGAGACUUUAUCGAUGUGUUGAUAGGCCUGUUUUUCAAUCUCUUAGUCAGGAAGCAAUUACACUUUGUGUUCAAAGUAUUGAAGAAGCUAAACAACAAAUACAAUUGAGAGCUAGUCAAUUGGACGCUGAACUCUUUCAAAUCAAACAUCUUUUAAUAUUGCGGGAACAAAUUGCGCCCUUUCAGGUGGACUUUACAGUCAAGGAGUAUAGUUUAGAUUUUUCAAAAGUAAAAACAGCAGCUUUUGGAUUACUCGAGAAACGUUCACGUUUAUUCACUCUCUCGAAUAAUGCACUUUUGGAAUUUCUUUUGGAAGGCGCACCUCAAAUGAAGGAACAUUUAAUCGAUUCUCGUAAACAUGUUGACGCAAAACUUAAAUCAACUUGUCAAAGACUGAUUCAGUACUCAACGAAUUUAUUAAUCGAGCCAGUAUUGAAAUUGCUAGAAAAAGCAAAAUCAACAUCUUCUUCGGGAGAAAAUAAAAAUCCAGAACUAGGAACUGCCCAAGAUGUCGCAACUUCCGUUAGCGACGCAAUAAGAUUAAUAAAAUUCAAACUACCAGGUCUUCAACAAUCAAUGCAAUUAUAUUUGGCAAACAAAGAAACUGAAUGCAUUUUAUUUAGACCAAUUAAAAAUAAUAUUGUCGCUGCUUUUACGCAAUUAUUGCAAAUUUUAAAUACCUAUUAUAAUUCCGAAGAUCUCAUGUUAAUUGCCUGUCCAAUUCCAGAGCAAAUUUCGGUAAUGUUAAGCUCAUCGAGUCUUAUAACGCAAGGAAAAAUAAUUGAUCAAGAGCAAAAACAAAAUGUCAUAUCUGACGUUAGUUCACCGAAUGUUUCCAUUGAAAAAGACGAAACGUGAAUUUUUUUUGUCUAAGAGCUUUUCUUAAUAUAGAAGACAUUGUAAAUAUUGUUUUCAAAUUGUUUUGCUAUAAUAGAAUAUUUUCAAGUAUUUUUUACUGUAAAAAAAAAGAGAGUCGAAUGUAAAUAUACAUAGUGUACAGUUUUAAGGGUGUGUAAAAUGAUAAUUUAUACAGAAGAGAAAAUUAUUAAAGCUGAAUAUUGAAAAAUAA